CUCCCUAGUGCCACCCUGAGCCUGUCCUGCCAGCCCUAGCUGUUUGCUUGCCAGGACCCUUCCCCUGCAUUGUCCCAUUGUCAUCCCAGCUGCUUCUUAGUGUGGGGUCACCACCUCCCUUUCCUGGUGCUUCCCCUCUGGAGGUUUAAGCUUGUGUCUGCCCUUGCGCUAGGUGGGGCAGUCCGUGGAGGGGAACAGUGCAAGACUACCUUUACAGCCACCAUGGCCUGUCACACCCAUGGGACAGGGCACCCCAGGAUGGCCCUGGGAGCUGCCCAGGAGGGUGACAAUGACGUGUAGCUGUCCGUCCCUCCCCCAGGUCCUGUGCUGGUGGAUGGUGCCCAGCGCAUUAACUGUCCCUGCACAAGGCAGUGUUUGCCUCACCUUACAAGGGGGGAGUUCUCAGGAGGGUUGAACAAUGUUCCUGCUGCCGGGAAUAGCUGCCAGCUCUGCCUGUUGGCCCCACGUGAGGCCACUCCUGCUGCCAGCCUGCCAUGUACUGUGGGGGAGCCAGGCAGCCUCGGGGACCCUGGCAGAGCUGCUCAGAAUGUUCCACACCUGAGGUCAUCCUCUAAAGCAGCACACAGGGGCCAUGACUCCUGGCAUCCCCUGCUGCCUGCUGCUGCUGAGAGACUUGAGAGGACCCAUUGCCUCCCUUUGGGGUGGGCAGGCCCCCAUACUGCCCAAGGGGCCAGGGAACCUCAGGCAAUGUUGGUGGCUGCUGCAGCAUCUGACUGGACAGAGAUGGGAGCAUCUUGCUUGCCCAAGGUGGGUGCCACAGGCAUAGGUGCCACAUGCCUAUGGGAUGACCCUGGAUCAUGUCCCUGUAGUGCUGAGCCUCUCUUGACUGGCUGUCACAGGUUCUGCACACCGCAGCUCCCCGUAACAAGCACAGAUGUCCUGGUCAACCCAGGGUGUGUGUGGGGGGGCCUCUUUAGGAGAGUGUGUGGCUGGAGAGGUGAGUCAGGGCCAGAAAGCAGGAGGGUGAGCUCAUGGCAAAGCUGCCCCAGUCAUGUGGAGCAGCCACAGCUGUCAGUGCCCUUGGGCUGUGGGACAGAGGGACCAGCAGCAUAAAGCCCCACAGCCAGCAAAGCCGCCGGCAGCACCGGGACACAGGAUUGGGAACUCCCUGCCCCUGGUAGCAAGAAGAAGAGGAUACAUCCAGAGCACAGGACUGUGCACUGCAGGCAGACAUGGAGCUGGAUGUGGAACGGGCCAAGGAGCUCAUCGAGCAGAAGCUGGCAGAAGAGGAGAAGGAGGAGAAACUCAGAGGGGAUGGAGCACAGGAGCCACCGGCCGUGGAGCGGAUGAACACACCUGAGCUGGAGGAGGAGAAACGCCGCGGGCCCAGGAACUGGGGCCUUGAGGCCAUCAAGGGCCAGGAGAAGGUGCGGAGGAGCUCCGUGGAUCUGAGGCGGGAGAUCAUCGACGUGGGGAGCAUCCAACGGCUCAUCGAGCUCCGCAAGCAGCGCCGGCAGCGCCGGGCAGAGCGGGCAGCCACCCCCGAGCCCGCUCCACCACCUGAGCCCCUGGAGAUUGAUGGUCCUGUGGAGCCAGAGACCUUCCUGCGAGCUGCUGUCCAGGGCAAGAUGCACUUCAUCGAGAAGUUUCUGGCAGACGGUGGCUCCCCUGACACUUGUGAUGAGUUCCACCGCACAGCCCUGCACCGCUCCUCACUGGAGGGACACAUGGAAAUCCUGCAGAAGCUGCUGGACAGUGGGGCCACUGUUGACUUCAGGGACCGGCUGGACUGCACGGCCGUGCACUGGGCCUGCCGGGGUGGGCACCUGGAUGCUGUCAAACUGCUGCAGGACCGUGGGGCAGACCUCAAUGUGAAGGACAAGCUGCUCAGCACGCCCCUUCACGUGGCCACCCGAACCGGACACCUUGACAUUGUGGAGCAUCUCAUCCACUGCGGGGUGGAUAUCAAUGCGCCAGACAGGGUGAGUGCUGCAGCCAUCCAGGCAUCACUGCAGGCAACACUGAUCCCUCUCCCUUUGCUGACCCCUCCAAGGGCUUCCAGCACCCACAGUGGGGCGCAUCUGGACAUACACACUGCUGCCCCAGGAUGGUUGCAGCUGCAGCCAGGUCUGGGACAGGAGCGUCCCCCUUGUGUGGAGAUUGGUGUGCUGGGGACAAGCAGAGGGUCCUUGUCCCUGGACCACACUGUCCAGUGAAGCUGUGUCUCUCACAGGAGGGUGACACAGCGCUGCAUGAUGCCACACGGCUCAGUCGCUACAAGAUCAUCAAAACGCUGAUCCUGCAUGGGGCUGACAUGAUGG